AUUAAAUUGGGACAAUCAUCGUCUCGAAUGUAGCCUCUGAUAAAAAAUGUCUCCCUGUGUCCUCAACGAGUGAGUGCGUCUUCUUCAGUCAGUCUUCGGCCACCGCCACCGCCACCUUCACACUGAGCAGAAUGCAGAGCGCCACGCGAGUGGAAGCGGAGCGCCUCCUGGGGAUCUCGGAGAAGCUCCUCCAGAACCGCGAUCUCAUGGGUUCACGGGAGUUCGCCAUCCUGGCCCAGGAGACCGAGCCCCUCCUCGAAGGCUCCGACCAGAUCCUCGCCAUCGUCGAAGUCCUCCUCGCCGCCGACAAGCGCGUCAACAACCACCCCGACUGGUACGCCGUCCUCCAGGUGGACCGCCGCUCCGACGACCUCGACCUCAUCAAAAAGCAGUACCGCCGCCUCGCCCUCCUCCUCCACCCCGACAAGAGCCGCUUCCCAUUCGCCGACCACGCCUUCAAGCUCGUCGCCGACGCCUGGGCCCUCCUCUCCGACCCCCUCCGCAAAUCCGUCUACGACAAGGAACUCUCCUUCUUCUCCCGCGUCGAUUUGUCCGUCCCCGGAUGGGUCCAGCAGGAGAAGCUUCCCGUCCGCAGGACGGGCCCUGGGCCUGGGCCCGGGCCCAGCGCCCGCAACAGCGCUGCGGCCCGCGACGAGAUUCACGCGGACGAAAACUCCCGCAGGAGAAACUCCACUUUCUGGACCGCAUGCCCCUACUGUUACCGUUUGUACGAAUACCCUAGGGUUUACGAGGCUUGUUGCUUACGCUGCCAGAAUUGCGAGAGAUCCUUCCACGGCGUGCCGAUUCCGUCGCUGCCGCCGCUGGUUCCCGGCCAGGACGCUUAUUAUUGCUGCUGGGGGUUUUUUCCCAUGGGAUUCGUUCUCGGAAGCUUCGGUUCUCCGGAGAAAGAGGCGGCGGCGGAGCCUCCGCCGCCUCCGCCGCCUGCUACGCAGCCGGCUUCUACCUUACCGAACUGGAUGCCGGUGGUAUCAGCCAACGGCGGGGAGAGUGCACAGGCGACGCCUGUGCCGGUGGCGAGGGUGACUAGAUCGGGGGCGGCGGCGGUGGCCGGAGGUGUUUCAAACGGGACGGGGCCGAAGAAGAGAGGGAGGCCGAGGAAGUACCCUUUGCCGUCGUGAGGGAAGGGUGGAGAGUGGAGAGUGGAGAUUGUAGGUACUAUUGUUGUGUUGUUUAGUUUUUUGUUGUUGUUUUGUAGAUAUGGUUAACUGGUUGUCUCGUCUGGAGAUAGAUUGGGCUUUGGGGUUUUGGUUUUUGCUAUGGGGUUCAUUGCAAUUGUAUGUAUGCCUUGUUGUUGAGGAGGAGAACGAUGUGGCCAGUUAUCUAUAGUUGAAAUUAGAUUCACAUGGACUUUGAGGAUGUUAACUUUGUUUUGAAUGGUUUUGCUUGCGGAAACUAAUUUUCUAAGUUAGCACCUUUACUGUCAUCAACGUACAGUUGUGGUUCCAUUGAAACACUGUAAAUGUGGGUGCUGGGAUCUUGAUUGUGGUUAUGUUACAGACUUUGGCCAUGGUAGAGUUGUUGUUGCCAUUAUAUUUUUCGAGGAAUCUUGUUGUGGAAGUAUGUAGUUACGUUUGAAUUACCAUUGAGCACUUAGUUAUGUUUGAAUUA